GCGCAGCGUUGGCCACAGCAGCUCCACUUUUAGACGAAAAAAGAUUACAAAAAUUGCAAAAAAAAUAAACAUAAAAGCGGCAAACAAUUGUGGCAAUUGCAUAAAUUGGGGAAAAAUAACAAGAGUGCCCGAGCUGUACCGGUAGAGGUGGUGAUAAGCAAGGGCUGCUGCUCCGAAGUCUGCACACCCACCACCCGCGCCAAGUGACUCGCCUUAAAAAUUUUAAUGACGUUGCAUGACCAUUUUCGACAAUUUAAUUGAAUACCAAUUCUUUUGAUUAUUGAUUUCCCACUGAGAGGUCAUAAAUAUCGUAGCAAACACCACAAACGCCACAAUCGGACCAUAUUUACCACAACAUUUACAAAAACAAAAUAAACUCGCACAUAAAACCUUUAUUAAGACAAUUGUACUACCACCUCAACUGCAAUCACGGCGGUCGGCAUGUAUCCAUGGAAUUCAACAUCUUACAGCCCAAGUGGCGGUGGCGGUGUCAGUAGCGAACGCCGCAUGACUAUGCCGAGUGGUCUAGACGAUCAGGAGAAGCUUUUGGCCGAAGCUAUAGGCACAGCGAAAAAACAGGCAUUCCAAAUGAAUCACUUCCUAGACAAGGAUCGCAUAUUGGAUGCGCUUAAAUGUGCUAGCACAAUGCUGAGCGAGCUGCGCACCUCCAUGCUCUCGCCGAAGAGUUACUAUGAGUUAUAUAUGGCCAUCACCGAUGAGCUUUGCCACCUGGAAUUAUAUUUGAGCGAAAAAGCCAACAAAGAUACGGAUUAUUAUGAACUUGUGCAGUAUUCGCAUACAAUUGUGCCACGUCUAUAUCUGCUCAUUACCGUCGGUAUUGUGUACAUCAAAAAAGAUUCCACGCUUAAGCGUAGUAUACUCAAAGACUUGGUAGAGAUGUGCCGUGGUGUGCAACAUCCACUACGUGGGCUAUUCCUACGCAAUUAUUUGCUGCAGUGCACGCGCAACAUAUUGCCAGAUGUGCUUGUGGCAGAAAACGAACACCAUGGCAAUGUAUUGGAUGCCAUCGAUUUCGUCUUGACGAACUUUGGAGAGAUGAAUAAAUUAUGGGUGCGUAUGCAGCAUCAGGGCCACUCUAGCGAAAAGUCACGGCGCGAGAAAGAACGUGAAGAGCUAAAGAUUUUAGUGGGCACGAACCUGGUACGUCUUUCGCAACUCGAAUCUGCCACGUUGGAACACUACCAGCGCUAUAUAUUGCCUGGUAUAUUGGAGCAGGUGGUUAGUUGUCGCGAUGCUAUUGCACAAGAGUACCUAAUGGAGUGUAUUAUACAAGUGUUUCCCGAUGAAUUCCAUCUGCAAACCUUAGAUCCGUUCCUAAAGUCGUGUGCCCAACUGGAAACUGGUGUAAACGUAAAAAAUAUAAUAAUUUCUUUGAUCGACCGCUUGGCGGCCUACAAUCAGAGGAGUGGCAAGACAAGCGGGACUGACAUUGAGUCCAUUAUACCGCCUGAAGUGCAGUUAUUUGAAGUGUUCAGCAUUCAAGUGGCAAAUAUUGUGCAGACUCGCACCGAUAUGCCACUGGAAGACACGAUAUCUCUGCAGAUUGCGCUGCUGAGUCUCGCGCAAAAAGUUUACCCAGAUCGCGUUGAUUAUGUGGAUAAAGUGCUUGGCACCACGACACAAAUUUUGGAGAGCCUAGAAAUGAAUAACAUUUCUCAUUUCCUGUCGGUAAAUCAAGAAUUAUCGCGUCUCCUACGCAUUUGCAUCGAUUUCUACAACAACGCACUGACUGUUAUACAACUAAAGAACUUCACGCCACUACUAGACAAGUUCGACUAUGUUUCACGAAAAUCAGUGGCCCUCUAUUUGGUUAUGAAUGUGCUUGAAUUUGAAACUCUCAUACCAACAGCUGAACAAACUGAACAUGUACUGACCAUAAUCACACCGCUAAUCAAAGACGAAGAAGUGCCCAUUGGUCCGGAUGGCAAACCAGUUCCCCAACCAGUCAAUGGUAAUAACGUCGAUCCCGAAGAAUUCGCCGAGGAGCAAGGCAUUGUUGCGCGUUUCAUCCACUAUAUAAAGUCCGAUGAACCCGACAUGCAGUAUAAAAUUCUACAAUCCGCACGCAAGCAUCUGGGCGCCGGUGGCCCACAACGCAUCAAGCAUGUUCUACCGCCACUCAUCUUUUCUGCCUACCAAUUGGCCUAUAAAUAUAAGGCAAUCGCUGAGGAGGACGAAAACUGGGAUAAGAAGUGCCAGAAAAUAUUACAAUACUGCCACAGCACAAUUGCGGCGAUAGCCAAAGCCGACUUGGCCGAUCUGGCGUUGCGUUUGUACCUACAAGGUGCGCUGGUUAUUGGUGAAAUAGGUUACUCAAAUCACGAAACAGUGGCUUAUGAAUUUAUGACGCAAGCAUUCUCACUGUACGAGGAUGAAAUAUCUGAUUCAAAGGCACAGUUGGCAGCAAUUAUGCUUAUCAUGUCCACAUUCGAACAAAUGGCAUGCUUUAGUGAAGAGAACGCUGAGCCUUUGCGCACAAAUUGUGCGCUUGCAGCCUCUAAACUAUUGAAGAAGCCCGAUCAGUGCCGUGGUGUGGUGGCGUGCGCUGCGCUCUUCUGGAGUGGCAAGAAAAAUGGUGAGGAGAUGCGUGAUGAGAAACGCACGCUGGAGUGUUUGAAGAAGGGCGCACGUAUAAUUGCGCAUUGCUUGGACGUUGGUGUACAAGUGCAGCUAUAUGUCGAAUUGUUGAAUCAUUAUCUCUUCUAUUUCGAACGUGGUAAUUCCCUGAUUACUGUGGCAAUGUUAAAUCAGCUUAUCGCCAAAAUCAACGAGGACUUACCAAAUCUGGAGUCCACAGAGGAGACUAAACAAAUCGAAAUGCAUUACAAAAACACAUUAGCGCAUAUUAAAAGCCGCAUGGAAUCGAACGAUGCGGGCUUGGAGGUUUCAUUCGCCGGCAUUUCCAUAAAUUAGUAAAUGUAAUGUGUCAUUACUUAAAGCGCAUAUAGUUUUUGUACAGCGUGCGUUCUCAGUAUGGUUUUUAUUUGAAUUAUCUCUAUAUACCGUUUGCAUUGUAUGAAUGAUAGCAGUAUGUAAUUGAAGCGCCAGCAGUAUGAACUUCCUUUUGAGUUUUAAAACACAAAACGCUUCCCUAUUUUAUUAUCUGCUUAAGUUGUAACUACAGUGCUAUUUUUUUCACUUCUGCACUUAAUUUUUUGUUGCAUAUUUUACAAAAAAGCAUAAAAAGCUAAAGAUGGUAUUCAGUUGUUCAAAGUGAUUAUAUAUAUGACAGCUUCUAUUAUGUGUUUAGCGAAUUAAAAUUAUAUCGAAAUUCCAUUUAUUGUAAAUCGAUUGGAAGACUAUUAUAAAUAUUGUAUUGAUUAAAUUGUUAAUCACUUGAUUAUUGCUAAAAUUAUGCCCAUUUAUUUCCAAUUUCUUUACACAUUUAAACCCAUACUUACGAUUAUUAUGUAUGUAGGCGAUAAAGCUUGUUACUUGCUUAGCUUCUCCAAAUCGGAAUUAUACUUCAAUUGCUGCAAUUUUUAGUUGCUUAAAACAACAACACAUUCUUGAUAA